UUUCUCUAUCUGUAUUCUCUGGCCAAAGAUGUCAUCGGAGACAAGGUCACCUCUACCUCUACUGCUCCGACGACACACAAGCAGUGAAAGCAAGAACUUAGCUACGGUUUCUAGCAGUCUCUUGCCAGCAUUUGGGACUGUUAUAGAUGAAGGAUAUUUACAACUGAAGAAACACACAAUCGCUCCCUAUGAUCGUAGAUAUCGGUGGUGGCAGACGUUCCUAGUGAUACUAGUCAUAUACUCUGCAUGGGCAUCUCCAUUUGAGCUAGCAUUCAAAAAGGUAGCAACUGGGUCACUCAUGCCCGUUGAUCUGACUGUUGAUGCCUUCUUUGCAGCUGAUAUCAUCCUUACCUUUUUUGUCGCUUACCUGGACAAAUCAACCUAUCUCCUUGUAGAUGACCACAAAAUAGCAAUAAGGUAUGUCACAAAAUUGUGGCUCCCCAUGGACAUAGCUUCAACUCUGCCAUUUCAGUCUAUGUACAGAGUCAUCACGGGCAAAAUGCACCAAGGGGACAUCUUUGGCUUUCUCAACCUGCUUAGACUGUGGCGGCUCAGACGUGUUAGUGAACUCUUCACAAGGCUGGAGAAAGACACGCGUUUUAGCUACUUCUGGACAAGAUACUGUAAACUAAUUUGUGUGACGCUUUUUGCAGUGCACUCAGCAGGUUGCUUUUACUACUGGUUGGCCAUCCAUCAUAAAACAUCAAAGAAGACAUGGAUUGGAGCUCAGAUUGCAGACUUUGAACACAGAAGCAUCUGGUUAGGUUACACCUAUUCUAUAUAUUGGUCAAUUGUCACCCUCACAACAGUUGGCUAUGGAGACUUGCAUGCAGAAAAUACAGGAGAGAAGGUCUUCAAUAUAUUGUACAUGCUAUUCAACAUUGGCCUCACCGCUUAUUUAAUUGGAAACAUGACCAAUCUCAUUGUCCACAGUGCUAUUCGAACAUUUGCCAUGAGGGAUGCAAUCAAUGAGAUUUUGCGAUAUGCAAGCAAGAAUCGACUUCCAGAAGGCUUGAAAGAGCAAAUGUUGGCACACAUGCAACUCAAGUUCAAGACAGCUGAAUUGCAGCAAGAAGAAGUGCUAGAGGACCUGCCCAAGGCAAUAAGAUCCAGCAUAGCUCAGCAUCUUUUCCAUAAAACUGUUGAAAAGGCCUAUCUUUUCAAAGGGAUCUCUGAUGACCUUGUCACCCAGUUGGUAUCAGAGAUAAAAGCAGAAUAUUUUCCUCCUAAGGUUGAUAUCAUCUUACAAAAUGAGAUACCUACAGAUUUCUACAUUAUAGCAGCAGGAGCAAUGGAUGUGCUGAUAUACAAGAAUGGCACAGAGCAGUUUUUGACAAAACAAGGACCUGCAGAGAUGGCAGGAGAAAUUGGAGUGAUUUUCAACAUCCCACAACCUUUUACAGUGAGAACUAAGAGACUUUCCCAGGUCAUCCGGAUAAGUCAUCAUCAUUUCAAGCAAAUAGUGCAGCAACAGAACGAAGAUGGAAAGACAAUCAUCUUGAAUUUUGUUCAGUAUUUGAGGGGUUUAAAGCAAGAGCUGCAGCAAGAAAUACCAUUUCUAACAGAAUUGUUGGGUGACAUGAACAUAGAGCAUGUGGAAUCAAGUCAGGAACCACAAAAUACAGAAACAUUAAGAUCGGAUAAUGAUGAAGGCACACAUAUUGAAGGAACACCAACUUCUUAUCCAUUAUCAAGCACACUCCCAAUGAGGGUGGUAAUCCAUGGGCAUCAUCCAAAUGAAAAUACAACAGACAGCAGUACAAUGGGAAAAGUGAUACAUUUGACCGACUCGAUAGAGGACCUUUUGGAAUUAGCAGAGAAAAAGUUUGGCAAAAGGGGAAACACAAUUCUCAUGGCAAACGGCUCACAAGUGGAAGAAUUGAAUGCUCUAAGAGAGAACGACCACUUGUAUAUCUUUUGAGAAUGGGAAUGAUAUUUGAAGCGAUGUCAGCCUAUAUAUUCCACUGGUUAGUUCAACUCAUAAUUUGCACUUUUAAAAGUUGAAGAUGCAUGAUAACUAAUAUUACGGGAAACAUCACUAGCUGUAAAUUUUGAUAAUAUUAUAAGCUCUUAUUA